AUGGGAAGAGUUCAACUUAUUUUCCUCGUCUUCCUUAUUGUUGCAUCCAUGGCGGUUACAGAACUCUCUAUUGCAGGAGGUGAAGGUUCUGUACCAAUCGAACAAUGCCCUUCCGCGUGUUCAGUUCGCUGUUCUGCAACACACCAUCGUAGUCAGUGUAUGGACGUAUGCGUAGACUGUUGUGGAAAGUGUUUAUGUGUUCCUUCCGGUACCAUUGGAAACAAAGAUGAGUGUCCGUGCUAUAGAGACUUGAAAACCAAGUAUGGACAACCUAAAUGUCCUUAA